CCGACACUGUCGGUCAGUUGGUGUUCUUGUUCUGUUGUAUGCAGUUUGUGAUUUCCUGAAGCUAACUGAAGAAGAAUCAUUUACUUUAAUAAAGAUUGAAUCAUGAGUGACGCAAAGAGUGAUGAUUUGUCAACCGCAAUUUUGCGUAAGAAGGAUAGGCCCAAUAGGUUGAUCGUCGACGAAGCAACCAACGAUGACAACUCUGUCAUCGGAUUGUCGCAAGCGAAAAUGGAUGAGCUCCAGCUCUUCCGAGGCGACACCGUCCUGCUCAAAGGCAAACGCAGGAAAGAAACGGUGUGCAUUGUUCUUUCCGACGACACUUGUCCCGACGAAAAAAUAAAGAUGAACCGUGUGGUUCGAACAAACUUGCGAGUUCGUUUGAGUGAUGUAGUUUCCGUACAAGCCGCCCCAGAUGUCAAGUAUGGAAAGCGUAUUCACGUAUUGCCCAUGGACGACACUGUCGAAGGCCUCAGCGGUAACCUCUUCGAGGUAUACUUGAAACCGUACUUUUUGGAAGCAUACCGUCCAAUUCACAAGGACGACAACUUCAUCGUGCGCGGAGGAAUGCGAGCAGUAGAAUUCAAAGUUGUGGAAACAGAUCCUGGUCCUUAUUGUAUUGUCGCGCCCGAUACAGUGAUUCACUGUGAGGGAGAUCCGAUUAAACGCGAAGAAGAGGAAGAAGCUCUUAACGCUGUCGGAUACGACGACAUCGGUGGCGUCCGAAAACAAUUGGCGCAAAUAAAAGAGAUGGUGGAGCUCCCACUGCGACAUCCUUCUCUCUUCAAAGCUAUUGGAGUCAAGCCACCCCGUGGAAUUCUUCUCUAUGGACCUCCAGGGACUGGAAAGACUCUCAUCGCCCGGGCAGUUGCUAACGAGACCGGAGCUUUCUUCUUCUUAAUCAACGGACCUGAAAUCAUGAGCAAACUCGCCGGAGAGUCUGAAAGCAAUUUGAGAAAAGCUUUUGAAGAAGCCGACAAGAAUUCUCCAGCUAUCAUCUUCAUUGAUGAGCUGGAUGCUAUUGCUCCUAAGCGUGAAAAGACUCACGGAGAAGUCGAAAGACGUAUUGUGUCUCAGCUGCUCACCUUGAUGGACGGCAUGAAGCAGAGUUCUCAUGUUAUCGUCAUGGCUGCUACCAACAGGCCUAACAGUAUCGACGGUGCCCUUCGUCGUUUUGGCCGUUUCGACAGAGAAAUCGACAUUGGUAUCCCAGAUGCGACUGGACGUCUUGAGAUCUUGCGCAUCCAUACAAAGAAUAUGAAGCUUGCUGAAGACGUGGAACUGGAAGAGAUCGCAGCUGAAACUCACGGACACGUAGGUGCUGAUUUAGCUUCUCUCUGUUCGGAGGCUGCCCUUCAGCAAAUUCGUGAAAAAAUGGACCUAAUUGACUUGGACGAUGAUGUGGUUGACGCUGCAGUUUUGAAUUCUCUUGCCGUUACCAUGGAGAACUUUAAAUACGCAAUGACAAAGAGCAGCCCAAGUGCUCUUCGCGAGACGAUUGUGGAAGUACCGACCGUUUCUUGGGACGACAUCGGUGGUCUGCAAAACGUAAAGAUGGAACUUCAAGAAUUAGUCCAGUAUCCCGUUGAGCAUCCAGAUAAGUUCUUGAAAUUUGGAAUGCAGCCAUCCAGGGGAGUUUUGUUCUACGGACCUCCAGGUUGUGGUAAAACACUCUUGGCAAAAGCGAUCGCCAACGAGUGUCAAGCGAACUUCAUAUCGGUUAAGGGGCCUGAGUUGUUGACCAUGUGGUUCGGCGAAUCGGAGGCCAACGUCCGAGACGUUUUCGAUAAGGCUAGAUCUGCAGCGCCCUGUGUACUGUUCUUCGAUGAGCUGGACUCAAUCGCGAAGUCACGUGGUGGAUCAGUGGGAGAUGCUGGCGGUGCCGCCGACCGUGUCAUCAAUCAAAUUUUAACUGAAAUGGACGGCAUGGGCGCAAAGAAGAACGUCUUUAUCAUCGGAGCCACGAAUCGCCCAGAUAUCAUCGAUCCGGCCAUCUUGCGUCCUGGAAGGUUGGAUCAGCUGAUCUAUAUUCCACUUCCUGAUGAGAAGUCGCGCGAAGCCAUUUUCAAGGCGAAUCUACGCAAAUCUCCCGUAGCUAAGGAUGUAGACAUGGUAUACAUCGCAAAAGUGACACACGGAUUCUCCGGUGCAGAUUUAACUGAAAUUUGUCAAAGGGCUUGCAAAUUGGCCAUUAGACAAUGUAUAGAGUCAGACAUUCGGCGCGAAAGAGAACGGGCGGCUAAUCCUUCCGUUUCCAUGGACACGGACGAAGAGGAUCCCGUGCCAGAAAUUACGCGAGCACACUUCGAAGAAGCCAUGAGGUUCGCACGCCGUUCAGUUUCGGACAACGAUAUCCGUAAAUACGAAAUGUUCGCACAGACACUUCAACAGUCUCGAGGAUUCGGAACGAAUUUCAGAUUUCCACAAGGCGCUAGUGCAAGCGGUGCUCAAGAUGCAACGCAAGGAGAGGCGCCUUUCCAAGAUGAUGGUGAUGACGAUCUCUAUAGUUAAGUUUUCGAUUUUCUGUAUUUAAUCGCAGUGAACAUUCGCGAAAAGGGUCUUUGUCACCGUAUGUGUUUUACACAAACAUGUUUGUAACCGAUAAAAAUCUAAAUAAAUAAAUUGAAUAAUGAA